CACCUCACUCUGCUCUGCAGCAAGAAGGCAGCUGAAGGAAGAGCAUCCUCUCUCAUCGACCAGCGUCCAGAGAAACCGACAUACGACCUCAACUCAGACAUGGCUUCGUGGUGUGAUGUCAAGCUCUUCCUCUGCAUCCUCGUCGUCACCUGCUACUGCACCGUGACACUGGCGCAGAUGCCCACUGACUGCUGCCUGAGUAUCAAAAACAAAGAGGUUGCAGCAGCUCACAUCGGUGACUACCGCUACCAGCCCAGCGGACAUGGCUGCUCUGUGGAGGCCAUGAUCCUUGUGACCAGACGUGGGAGGACACUCUGCGUUCCAAAUCAAGAGCCGUGGGUCCUGAAGGUGAAGGCCCACGUGAACAACCUGAAGAAAUUCUGCAAGACUUCCAGCAAGUCCCGGCGCUGCGAAGGUGUGAAUACCGAGUGACGAAGCAGCGACCGUGCCUGCCACCUGCAAGUGGAGCGUGGCGGAGAAGGAGACACUCAGGCCGAGCAAAUUGAAGACAAAAUGAAGAAUGUAAAUGUAGUUACUGUGAUUCCUCCUCUAGCUAAAUAAAUAUCUCAGUCUAAAUAUUUUUUAUACAACUGUGUUUAUGUGUUGAUAAGAUUGAACUUUGUGAUUCUUCGUCACUUUACGCUGUCGGAACUGAAACUGAAUAAAUGGUCAAUCAGUGCA